GGGCGCUGCCCACCUCGCGGAGUGAGCCGCGCGCGGAGGCUACAAGUGCCGCGGCUGGUGAUCGCGGACUUUCUCAGGGAGCCGCGCCCGGGAAAGAGAGCGGUGCUCGAGCCGCACGGGGUGGCCGAGGCACAAGAAUUUCUGGAAGCUGCUGGGGGAUGUCUGACUAGCUCCCAUGGAGCUCCAUUACCUUGCUAAGAAGAGCAGCCAGGCAGACCUGUGCAAUGCUUUGGACUGGAGUUCAGGAGGGCCUCCUGGUGACCAGGCAGAUGGAUCAUUGACCAGAGCUGCUCUCUGCUGCAAGAGACACUGUACGUCCACACCAAGAGUAGCCGGGAUGGAAGGUUCUAGACUUAGCCCUUCUCCAGCAUCCCCUUCCUCCUCUCUGCAAGAAAGUGCUGUUCAGCCAGACUCCUUCCCACCAGGACCUCUUAACUCAGGGAACAGCCAAAUAGCAGAACGGAAAGUCUGCAACUGCUGCAGCCAGGAGUUAGAAACUUCUUUUACCUGCGUGGAUGAGAAUGUCAACUUGGAGCAACAGAACCGGAGCUCCCCUUCAGCAAAAGGAAGUAAUCACCCCAGAGACUUUGGCUGGGGAAAUCCAAAUGAGUGGUCCCAUGAGGCUGCUAUAUCCUUGAUAUCGGAAGAUGAAGAUGAUACGAGUUCAGAAGCCACAUCUUCAGGGAAGUCAGUAGACUAUGGCUUCAUCAGUGCCAUCUUGUUCUUGGUCACUGGCAUCUUGCUGGUGAUCAUCUCUUACAUUGUCCCACGGGAGGUGACUGUAGAUCCCAACACAGUGGCAGCCCGGGAGAUGGAACGCCUGGAGAAGGAGAGUGCAAGGCUGGGGGCUCACCUUGACCGCUGUGUGAUUGCUGGGCUCUGCCUCCUCACACUAGGGGGGGUCGUUCUGUCCUGUUUGCUAAUGAUGUCUAUGUGGAAGGGGGAGCUCUAUCGGCGAAACAGAUUUGCCUCUUCCAAAGAGUCUGCAAAGCUCUAUGGUUCUUUCAACUUCAGGAUGAAAACCACCACUAAUGAAAACCUGGAACUAUCCUUGGUGGAGGAAGAUGCUCUUGCUGUGCAGAGUUAAUUCUGGUUGUGAACUUCUUAAGAGUCUGCCUUGGCAUUUUAUAUGAAAACAAUAUAUUUUUUUUUCCUUAAUAGUAACAGUGCAAUUAUUUGCCUGCUAAGAAAAAAUUAUUUCACAAACCAACAGCCAGUGAGUGUUUUUGUUCUCCAUAUAUCUUCUAUUUAGAAGAAAAGCCAUGUAAGAUGUAUAAGAAACCACAGCCAGCGACACCUGUCCUUCUAAAGAGCUGAAGACAAAUUCAUCUGUAAUGGCCAUAAGCUUCUACUUGUAUAGCAAAAUAUUUCUAAUAACCCCGUAUACAAAUAGUUUCUUUUACACAAAUACAGAAUAUUAUUCUUUGAAUACUAGGAGAUCCUACGCAUAGUAGGAUCAAUUGUUAAUCUAUUUUGAGAAAAGAAACUAAGCACUAAUCCCAUAAUAAGGCUUACAUUUAAUUCUCAAAGGUGCUUAUCCAUUUUCUUGCUAAAUUUUUCUUCCUGUAAUUUGGUUAAACACUGCAAUAUAGAGUUUAGAGUUUGAAUAUUCUGAAACUUAAGGAUGUUGGUUAUUUAAAAAAAACAAACUGUAAAAAAUGUUCUAUUUAAAAUUAUUCCUGUAUUUAGAAAUGGUAACUAAGUCAUUAGGAUAAAUUUUCUAAUAAACGAUUAUAUAAAUUAUAUAAAAGAAGAUUACAUAAAACCAAUGUAAAUUUUACCCACAAUAUUAGUGCUAGAUAUUAGCUAGUGUCACGGGCUCCUAUUUUUAAAUGAGGUAAAAUUAGUUGCUGAUAUAAAUUUCAUUUUCUGUUUGUGAUUUUGCUGCCAUGCUGGUUACCUGUGCUCUGGAAAUCUUUGCAGGUUCUCACAACAGCAAGACAAAGCAUGAGACAUUUUAAAUGUAUCUCUAGACAUCUAAACAUCUGGGCAGGUGGAAGUCAUGAUUAUCUCUGGCAUGCUCCCAGGUGACAUUUUGCUGUUGUUUGGAGAUAUCCUCCAAUGCACUUGCAGCUGGACUCCUGGGAACUGUGCCUAGCAGGCUGUAUCACUUGCUGUAGGCCAAGCAACAAGCUGUUGCCUCAGGAUGGCAGCAGUCCUUAAGCCCACAACCAAAAGAUUAAAGUGGAAAAAGAGAAUGAUUAAACACACUGAUUCAAUGGGAACUAUACUCAGGCAGCAGAACUCACCUCCUGUUCACAGUGGUCUACACAUCAUUCUGAGCACCAUAUCGGUGGGCUCCUCAGUACCUGUGAGCUCUUACCUUGUAAAAUGCAGACUCUUGCUCUAUGAGAAGCAUGGUGGGCACAGUGGUCACAACUUUGCAGGACACACAGCAAGUGUCCACACUGACACACCACCUUGGUGUGGCAGAGGAUCAGGAAGAGGAUUGGGAAUGCAGCCUCAGAAAUAUCUUGCAUUUUGCAACUAUCUUUUGUGUUUGCAACCUCCCACUGUAGAGUUGUUUGAUCUCCUAUGUGGCCAAGACCAGUGGGGUCAUUCCAAAAGAGGACUAGAGAGCUGGCUGGAUAGCUCAGGUGGUUAGACCGUGGUGCUAAAGAGGACUGAAGCUAGGUGUGAGAGGGCAGGAAGGUGAGUGAGAAAGUGAUUUCUCUGUAGAUUGUAAAGCUUUAUUCUAAUGUCUGAAGUUUGUGUUGUUAAUGGAAGACUGUGGAAUACGUGGGUGACUUUGGAUGGCAAUAUGUAUGAUAUUUAUCUGAAUAAGCCCUUGAGGGUGUCAGAGAUGAGUGAGAUGUGUGCUGUGUGUUAUUAAGGGUUAAGGUGAAAUGCAAAAGGGGAGGAUCAGAGGAUAGUACAGAGAGAGAGGUCAGAUAUGUGAAAGAAUUAUUGGGUAAAAUUCAGAAAUUAUGUGGACCCCAGAGGAAGCUCUAUGUAGCUCAACUGCCUUACCCUACAGAACAGUACUGACAUUGAUUCAGAAAGAACUGGAACAAUAUAAGCAUGGUUUUGCUUUCUAUUGCUGGUUCUUUCUGCUUUUUGAACAAGCUUUGUUUUACUCUGACUCUCAUGUCAUCAUUUGUGUUGAGGCUUCCUAACCAGCUGCAUACACUUUAUAUUCUGAAGGUUUAUAAAUUGCCCUGUUCUACCCUGCCUGAGGAUCCACUUUGGGUAAUGUUGAGGCAAGAAAGGGAUGAUCUGCUUGUCUGAGUGAGUAGGUCUGAGCUGUGUUUUGUUUGGUUUUUACUACAUUUUUAAAAACUAUAUGUUUAUUCAUAGAAGCUAAGUGAGGUCAACUGAGUUUUGUUUUUAUUUAUUGAUGAAAAAGGAUUAAUUAGCCAAGUGGCAGAGCAGACUAAACUGAAUUAAUGUGUGGCUGAUUUUCAGUUUAUGAAGAAAGAUGAGUUUGAGAAUCAAAAGAAGGCUUUUCAAUUCUGUAAAACUGAUAAAGGAGAAAAAGCCAAAGCUAUUCAUUUGAAAGCAUUGAAGAAUCUUGCAGUACUACCAAAUUGUGUAGAUUUGAUCUAAAGGCAAAGUUUUUAAAAAAAUGCAUUUAGGAAAAGAAAAUAUUCAAGGGGAAAGAAAAGACCUAACAAAUCAGAAUAUAUUUCCUCCUUUCAAAGAACUCUGCAAAAUUUUCCUUAAAAUUUAAAAUUGAAAUUUGGUUAGGUAAAUGCUUAUUUCAACAACAUUAUUUAAGUCUGCUCACAUAUAGAGCACAUCUCUUUAAGGUUCUACUUAUAUGAGGGCAGACCAUUACACCAAAAAGUACCAAUUCAGAAAAUCAUCUGGAUGACUCAUUUUGUUAUUUGACAUAAUUCAGAUAAUUGCCUUAAUCAACUUUCCCCUAGGUUUUCAGUUUGUGUAGUCCUCUUCAUCCUGCCAUCCUGAAUUCAAAAUGAAGAUUACUUGACUUUAAAAUGACGGUAACACAGGCAAAGAAAAGCCCAGAACUUUAUACACUGUUUUUUCCAAUCUGAUAAAGAGUGAUUUGGGCUCUGGAUGUACUUUGGCAAGGCCUGGUGAUAAACGUACAGACAUUGGAUAGACAAUAGCUAUGGUAUUGGUCUUGGAUUCUUCAUGGAGAUUUAUGACCUUAUAUCUGUCCCUUCAACAAGGUGCUGGUUGUUAGCUAUGAAAGUUUUUAUUGCUAAACCUGGAGAAGCAGAACUCUUUUUUUCAGAGGUCCUAAGUCUUUAGUCUAUUUACAUGGUUUUAGAUAUCUAAAGUCAGAAUCAUCUUCCUAAUCCUAAUGAGAAGGCAGCUCAUCCUUCAGCAAUGGGGUCCAAAGGAGUGAGUAUCAGAAAGAAAGCUGCCUUUCUCCUUUACCACUGGAGUCUACAUGCUGCUAAUGGACUAUUGAAGCCUCCUAAUGUCUUUAAUAAACCAUUCCCUUUUAGGGCACCUUAACUGUUUGUGGUAGAGUUUGCAAAGAGUUUUCUUUGCAAUACUGUGGGUCCUCUCCAGUAUUUGGAGCUCCUGAUGCAGACUGCAUAAUACGAUGUACUGGUCCCUUGUGUGAAGAGAAUCUUUUCUUUAAUCUCCCAAUUGCAUAGCUGAUUUAUAAUUUGGAGUAGUACAGAAUUGCUUGGAGUCAUGAAGUUCUUGGUCGCUAUUGGUGCUUUACCCAUGUGACUGCUACCUCCCUUGACUCUGUACUACCUAGAUACCUGCCUCAAUAGCACAUGCUUUGCUGUCUGCUUAAAAUAUCUUAGUCUACCUACCCUCCUCAUACUUAUUUCUUUUAGGGACCUAAUUGGACCAGACAUGACACAUGUCCUUUGAGGUGCAAUUUUAGACGAAGAGUCUGCCCUACCAAAUGCAUUUGUGCCUUCCCUUUGCCCCCCAGGGUAAGGUUAAAUGAGUGAGCAAGCACCAUGCCAAUUGAAUAUCAGAAAUUAAGGGUCUGAACCCAGGUGGCUGUACUUUUUUUUACUUCUUUGUGACAGGCAAAAAUUCUAGGCAGGAACAUUUGAACAUUUUCUUCUUCAUCUUUCACAUAUGCAGUGGUAAGCACAUGCAAAACCUUACCUGGAUUAACAUCUUAAAGAAAAGGCUUUUUUUUUUUCUAUUAAGAGAAGGGUUUUCAAUGUGAAAGUCAUAUUCCAUUGCACUGAUUAAUGCUACCACAAAAAAAGUGGUCUGACAAAGAGAUUCACAACCCUUGCCAAUGGUUCACAUAUUAUACAGCAAGAUUUAAUACCAUCCACUAGAUUCCACUGCAACAAGGGAAUAAGAAAGAUCCUUACAAUUCUCUGUAAUGGGUUUGACCUUUCCCAGAAUUAGACAUAAAGAAUGGCUAUGAUGAGAAGAAUUAUAAUGAAGUCUCACUAGCUUUUCCCAGUGUAAAAGUGUUCAUAAGAAAGAGAAUUAACACAUCAUUAUCUUUCAGCUAAAUUUCAGCUGUAUGAUUUUAUGGCUCAUAGUAUUCCAAAUAUUCUCUCCUUCUAACUUUUAUGGGCAUACGUCUUGGAAAAUAAUUUGCCUGACUAGUGCAUUGAUGCUGUAAAAAGAUGUUAUUUUAAACACAUAAAACUGAUUUCAGAAAUCCGUGGCUUUCACUUAAGAGUGUACUCGUGGUUUAUGUUUAUUAGUGUGCAGGUUUAUGUGCACUUAAGUAUAUGUAUGUAUUAGGAAUAUAUUUUAUAGUUAUAGAAGUUUAAUAUCCAAAGCUAUUCUCAGAAUAAUUUUCUUAUAGAAAUUUGGCAUGCCUUAAUGUUGACUUUAAGAACAAGAGAAUUCAUUCACAAGUCACGAAUGAAGAAUUUGGAAUCAACCUAAGAAUGAGAUGCCAUGAUUAUAUAAGUCUGUUUUGGUUGUUCACCAUCCCACAAAUGUUUAUUGAUGUAUUUUUUUAAACUCAAUUUCAGGCUCAGAAGGAGGUGGUAUACUUAAAAAUUAUUUUACCAUGAAUUAUGUUUUAUUUCUUUGCUCCAAGUUUUGGUGACUCGCCUGUGUUUCAGGAACAGCCAGCCUUGUUUUCCCACUGCCAUCUUCGUGCUUCUAGCCAGGUUCCAAACAAAUGUCGUGGAAGAAAGCAAAGAUGGGUUAUUACUAUGUAGUAUAUUUACAGUUUUUAUGCCAUGGUUCUUAAAAUGCUUUUAAUUUUACUUUUCUUGCCAAGCAAAAAUAAUCUUAUGUUGAUUAUGUGGGGUUUUUUUAUAUUAAAAAGGGCAAUUAUUAAGAUUAUAAGCUUUGACUUAGGGCAUUUGAUGCCUUAUAUGUUGAUAGCAAGUGUGUCAUAUCAUUUUAAAAUAAAACUAUUUAUUAAGAUGUUUUAUCAUGUUUGUUAACUUUUCUUUAAAUCUGAAUCUGUGAUGCUGAUUUGGUCUUUUUAAAUUAUAUUUGAAAUGAUCUGUCUAAAAACAUUAAAACUGCUACUUACACCCAA